AUGAACGGCGAUAAAGGGCCGACUUUGGCUAGCCUUAGCUCCCAAGAUGUUGGUUCAAAGGACUCGGGUAAAAUAUUUGGGAACUUGAUUGAAACCUCGAGGAAUUUACCAACUACAUCGUCUGAACUAGGCACGAUCUUGCUCAGCGUAAAUGAGAUCAAGAAGCGGGCGCAUGAGUUGAGAGAAAAAUCGAAACCUAAGCGUGAUCAUACAAGGGCCCAUUAUCUCUUAGCAGGUAGUGGACUUGCCAUUCAAGAUGUAGAAUCGUCUUUGAAAGCUCUCAAGUCGCGGAAGCUGAUUGAGCAGAAUGUCAUAAGCAGGGAUUCCGACAGUGACCUUGACACCUAUCUGAGAACAAAGAAGGACGAGAACAUAUUAUCAUCAAUCGAGCGUUCUCUCGCUUCUGCUGCUAAGGACUUCGACAACUUUGUGAAUCAAAACUUCAAUCUGGACUGGGAACAGAGGAAGGAAGAAGUGAGAGAAAACUUUGGCAUCUUGGUAAAGAGACGGAAAGGCGAUAGACUUCUUGCAAAGGAUGGUGCUGACGCCUCCCCGCCUACCUGGGGCGAGACCGGACGCGCAAUCUUAGAUGGAGAAUCCAGACUGAACGUCAACGAAAACUUCACGACCAGGACGAAGUUUGAAAACUACGCCAAAAUAAUUAACUCUUUCAAUAACGCAAGGCAAACUGAAGUUGAGUUCCCCCUGGCAAAGGAGAUCACUGAGAGUCUCACUAGGUCUGCAAAUGCAGUGAACAGACAAUUACCUGAAGCAUGGAAGAUUUUAGAGCACGCGCGUGAGUCUAAUGACGUUGUCAACAAAUCUAAGGAGUUUUUGGAAGCUCAAUUUCUGGAAUAUGUUGACAAUCUGUACAGAAAAAACUCUAGCGAGGGCCUUCCAACCAACGUGAACAAGGUCAAGUCGUUUAUCGAUCACAAACUCAAAAAUCCUAACAACACGUGGAAGUAUGGAAACCUGACAAUAGUCAAUGGUGUUCCUAUUUGGGCAUUUAUCUUCUACCUUCUAAGAGCAGGGUUAGCCCAGGAUGCACUUGAGGUCGCGAUAGCAAACAAAUUGAGUUUUAAGAAGGUGGAACAAUCUUUUUUAACAUAUUUCAAGGCCUACGUUAGUUCGGUGGAUCGUAAACUUCCAAAUGAAUUUGUUACCAGAUUGCAUACCGAGUACAAUCAACACAUCAAAAAUGCACUGGAUGGAGAUCCUUUCAGACUUGCCGUAUACAAAAUUAUUGGCAGGUGUGACUUGACACGCAAAAACAUCUCGUCGAUUACUCUAAGCAUUGAAGAUUGGAUCUGGAUUCAUAUAAUGCUCAUCAAAGAGAAUAAUUCUAGUGACUAUCCACUCUAUGAAAAGUAUGAUCUGACCGAUUUUCAAACUAUUGUGACAUCAUAUGGCGCCUCUGUUUUCAAUGGCUCAUAUAUCAUCGUUCUCAUGUUAAGUGGACUUUAUGAACUUGCAGUACAAAAUGCAAUGACAAUCAAUGAAAUUGACGCGGUCCAUUUAGCUAUCGCUCUAGCACACUACAACAAGCUAAAGAUAUCCACUUAUGGGAAAGACACGCUCUCUGAGCUCAUUUCUACCAAUGAAGGCAAAACAGAGCUGAACUUUGCCAAAUUACUUGGGAAUUAUACAAAGUCGUUUAAGUUUUCUGAUCCAAGAAUUGCAGUCGAAUACCUCAUACUGAUCAAUUUGGGAGGAAACAAGGACGCAGCAAAUGUUUGUCAUGAAGCUUUGAGAGAACUGGUUUUGGAAACUAAGGAGUUCACAAUACUACUGGGGAAAGUGAACAGGGACGGCACAAGAAUUCCCGGAGUUAUUGAAGAGAGACAAUCACUUCUUUCACUAAGUGACGAGAAGGACUUUUUGCACAAAAUAACCGAGCAGGCCGCGAGACGUGCUGACGAAGACGGUCGAGUAUAUGAUAGCUUACUGCUAUAUCAGUUGGCGGAUGAAUACGAUAUUGUUAUUCGUAUCGUAAACAAAUUACUAAGUGAUCUUCUGAGCAACACAGACCUAGCACAGCCGUUACUCAAUACAGAUGACAACAACGAAACCAGUCCGGUUCUGAUAGCGAAGAAAUUGAUCAACGUUUACGUGAACAACUUGGAAAUAGCUCAGAAAAUUCACUCCAAAAACAAGGAAAUAUGCAUCUUGUUGCUCAAAGUGGUGGAUAUAAGAAGGUCGUAUUACACUCAAAACUGGCACGAAACGCUAGAAAUGAUUGAAGAGAUUGAUUUGAUACCGCUUGUGGAUGAGGCUUCCUCUCGUAGAAGAGCACAAGAGUUCUCGAAUUUGGGCCCCGAAAUCACCAAGAAUAUUCCAAAGCUGUUAAUCAUCACAAUGACUUGUGUGUCCAAAAUAAUAAAGGCAUUGAACCACAGCGAGUACCAGUCUUCAGCCAAAACACAACAAGUUGAGGCGCUCAAACGGCUUGGGAAAAACUGCAUGAUAUACGCAGGAAUGAUACAGUACAGAAUGCCUCGUGAAACCUAUAGUAUCCUGAUUAACCUUGAAGUGGGCCUGUGA